AUGGAGAGCGGGGCGUACGGCGCGGCCAAGGCGGGAGGCUCCUUCGACCUGCGACGCUUCCUGACGCAGCCGCAGGUGGUGGUGCGCGCUGUCUGCUUGGUCUUCGCCUUGAUUGUCUUCUCGUGUAUCUUCGGCGAGGGCUACAGCAACACCCACAAUUCCCAGCAGCAGUACUGCGUGUUCAACCGCAACGAGGACGCCUGCCGCUACGGCGCCGCCAUCGGGGUGUUGGCCUUCCUGGCCUCAGCCUUCUUCUUCGUGGUUGACAUCUAUUUCCCGCAGAUCAGCAAUGCCACUGACCGCAAGUACCUGGUCAUCGGUGACCUGCUCUUCUCAGCUCUCUGGACCUUUCUGUGGUUCGUUGGGUUCUGCUUCCUCACCAACCAGUGGGCGGCCACCAAGGUGGAUGACGUGCGUAUAGGAGCCGAUUCAGCCCGGGCGGCCAUCACCUUCAGCUUCUUCUCCAUCUUCUCCUGGGGCGUGCUGGCCUCCCUGGCCUACCAGCGCUACAAGGCUGGAGUGGAUGACUUCAUCCAGAACUACGUGGACCCCACUCCGGACCCGAACACGGCCUACGCCUCCUACCCAGGUGUGCCCGCGGACACCUACCAGCAGCCGCCCUUCACCCAGAACGCUGAGAGCACGGAGGGCUACCAGCCGCCCCCUGUGUACUGA